GUCUCCAUCCUCCAUUAUAUAUAUGAUGCUCCAUCUUCCCCACUUCUCUUUCUCACUAGGAAAAUGGACAGCAAAGAAAAAUCCAUUUCCUUGCUCAUUUUCCUUUCCCUUAUGUCCAUUUCCACUUCUCUUCAGUACCAAACUCUUGUUAUCCACUUCCUCCCCAUGCCUCAGUCCCUCAAUUGGACAAUCCAAAAAGAAGCCAGGAUUAUUCCGACAACUGAAUCCGAAGCCGAAACUACACUACUGUCUGUAGACUUGCACCAUGUCGAUAAUUUGUCACCAUCUGCUCUCAGUUCUACCCCAGAAGCUCUAUUCAAUCUCCGUCUUGAACGGGAUAGCGUCAGAGUUUCAAUGCUGAGUAAUAUGGUGGCGAGGGGUGGUAGACACGCGCGGCCAAGGAAGGAGGGUGAUUUUAGCAGUCCUGUGACGUCGGGUUUUGCACAGGGAAGUGGGGAGUACUUAGCGCGUAUUGGAAUUGGGACACCGGCGAGGUACUUUUCCAUGGUGUUGGAUACUGGGAGUGACGUUUCUUGGGUCCAGUGCGCCCCUUGCCAAAAAUGUUACAAUCAGACUGAUCCCAUAUUCAUCUCGAGUAAAUCCAAGUCAUUUGCCAGUGUAGCGUGUGGGUCACCUCUCUGCCGACUGCUGUACUCGCCGAGCUGCAGCACCCGGAAGAAAUGCCAAUAUGAAGUCAACUACGGCGAUGGGUCGUUCACCAUCGGUGAAUUGGCAAUUGAAACGCUAAGGUUUGCCCGGAGUCAUGUCAACAAUUUCGCCCUCGGAUGUGGCCACGACAAUGAGGGAUUGUUCAUGGGCGCCUCCGGUUUAUUGGGUCUUGGCCGUGGGAAAUUGUCAUUUCCGAUUCAGACUGGCCACCGGUUUGGAGGGAAAUUCUCUUACUGUUUGGUGGACCGAUUCGCUUCCUCCAACCCGUCGUGGAUUAUCUUCGGUCCAUCGUCAAUUUCUCGAAAUGUCGUUUUUACCCCUAUGUUAACGAACCCAAUAUUAGGCUCAUUUUACUAUGUGGGCUUAAAUGGAAUUUCAGUUGGAGGAGUUCGAGUUCCGGGUAUCACAUCAUCACUUUUUAGACUGAACCGAAGCGGUAACGGAGGGGUGAUUAUAGAUUCGGGUACGUCAGUAACACGUUUAGUUUUACCCGCGUAUAUUGCUUUACGAGACGCUUUUCGUGCCGGAGCUUCGAAUUUGAAAUCGGCACAGAAUCUCUUGCUAUUCGAUACUUGUUAUAACUUUACCGGAAAGUCGGAAGUGAUGGUUCCAACUGUGGUUCUACAUUUUACAAAUGUCGAUAUCUUAUUGCCGGCGUCGAAUUAUUUAAUUCCUGUGGACUCUAAAGGAAGGUUUUGCUUUGCAUUUGCGGGUACGAGCGACGGGUUUUCUAUAAUUGGAAACAUUCAGCAGCAAGGUUUUGAAGUUGUAUUCGACCUGGAGACUUCUCGGGUCGGGUUUGCUCCCCACGGGUGUGCUUAGGGGGUAAUAUGAUGUCUGUUUAUUAAUGUAAUAAAGAGCAAAAAUGGUUUAUAAUAAUUUCAAGUGACCUGAAAUAUAUUGGAAUAAGCUCACAACGUAGAAAUAUAUUUGUUUUAAGAAUGUUCCAGCAAUGUUAAAAA